GCGAAUUGCUGCGGCGGCCAGUAUCUUAUUCGUUAGUCUGUGAACAUAUCUUCCUAUCUCUAAAUCUCCCCUUACGCAAUUGGGCUUCCUUCAGCCCGAUGAUUAUGAAUCUCGCCCGCCGGGUUGCAUUCUAGGGUAUGCAUUGUAAGCUCCACCGUAAUAGAAGCCUCAAAUAAUGAUGAGAGUUGGUUUUGGUCUAUUCUAGACAGUGACUAAGCCAAGUGAACUUAUAGAAUUUGCCCAUGAACAAGCAACAUCAAUCGUGGAGAUGUUUGCUUUGGUUUCUUUCCCCUUUCUGAUUUUCUUCGUUUGUUAAGAUUGUCGUUCAAGCUCCACUUACAUAGGUAGCUCCAACGUGAAGAGAAGUCACUAUGUCAUCCGAACUCGAAAGCCAUGCUGGGUUUGAAGCCACAUUUAUUGGCUUCCUCUAUCGACAGUUCACUAAACCGAAGCCCUUGCCGGCAGGCACUGAUCUCACGGGCCAAGUUGCCAUUAUCACGGGAAGCAAUACGGGGCUCGGUUUUGAAGCAUGUCGGCAGUUUCUAAAGUUAGGAUUAUCUCGUCUAGUCAUGGCCGUUCGCUCACAAGCGAAAGGCGACGAGGCGGCUACCCAACUGCGAAAUGAGUUUCCGACGUCCAAUAUAUCUGUUUGGACCGUCGAAAUGGAAUCGUACGACUCCAUCCGUGCCUUCGCAGACCGGUGCGCAACCCUGUCACGCAUCGACAUAGUUAUCCUAAACGCCGCCCUGAUGAAGAUGGCUCAUACGACGGUACCCGCCACUGGCCACGAGCUCACGAUGCAGGUAAACUACCUCUCGACAGCGCUUCUGGCUAUCCUACUCCUUCCCAUACUUAAAUCUAAGAAGGCUAUCGGUGCCCAAAGACCUCCUGUUCUUAGUAUCGUUGGGUCUGACCUGGCGUAUCGGGUGGACAUGGAGACCAAGGGCCCUAUACUACAGCAGUUCGACAAGUCCGAGGGUUAUGGUCAAAUUCUAUGGUAUUCCAGAUCGAAAUUGGUACUCACGUUCUUCGUUGCCAAACUCGCCGAGUUCGUCGACGCCGAUGAUGUCCUCAUAAACAUGUCGAACCCCGGCACUAUAAAGGGCACGGCAUUUUUCCGCGAAUUCCCCACACUUGCCGGGAAAGUGGUAGCUGUUAUUCAUUUUCUCUUCGCGAGGCAAGUGGACGUCGGCGCUGCUAUGUAUCUUCAUGCGACUAUCGUUCAAGAUAAAGAAGGCCACGGGAGCUUUAUUAGUGAUUGGGCUAUUAAACCAUAUCCCCUGAUCUGGUAUGGGGCGGAAGGCAAGGAGCUCGGUGAAAGGCUAUGGGAGGAGACAAUGCAGGAACUGAACUUCGUUGGCGCGUCGAAGAUUAUAGAGGACAUGAAAGCACGAUGACGAGCAAUGAAGAUACUGAACAGAGAAAGUGUAACUAGGUACCUAGUGGACCGUGUAGAAGUAUCGGCACCCUACAUAUAAUAAAGACCUGUAGUGGUGAA